AUGAGAGUGUGGGCAGUGGCAUUGGCUAUUGUAAGCCUUCACUCUCUCAUCCACCAAUCAGAUGCGGAGAAAGGGAUCACCUGCGAUUUGUUCCAGGGGAAUUGGGUGCGCGACGCCUCACUGAACCCUCCCUACGACUCCUCAUCCUGUCCCUUCAUCCAGAAAGAGUUCAACUGCCGGAAAAACGGUCGCUCCGACGACUUGUACCUUCGGUACAGGUGGCAGCCCCAUGCCUGCAACUUAUCAAGAUUUGAUGGAGUUCAAUUAUUAAGGCAACACAAAGGGAAGACUAUAAUGUUUGUAGGCGAUUCCCUUAGCCGGAAUCAAUGGCAGUCGUUCAUAUGUAUGCUCUACACGGCCGUGCCCAGCUGCAAUUACAAUGCAACGACCUCGUUUGAGGUCUCUACCUUCACAUUUACGGAUUUCGAUGUGAAGGUGAUGCUCGAUCACACCGUGUACCUAGUCGACGUGGUGAAAGAAGCCGAAGGCAGAAUCUUGAAAUUGGACUCGAUUCAAGGCGGCAGGCGGUGGAAGGCAGCAGACGUGUUGAUAUUCAACACGUGGCACUGGUGGAACCGACGGGGGCCCACCCAACCAUGGGAUUAUAUUGAAGUUGGGGGACAGUUACACAAGGACAUGGACCGUGUGGCUGCAUUUGAGAGGGCACUGCACACAUGGGCUGAUUGGGUGGAUACCAAUAUUGAUCCAACCAAGACUAAGGUUUUCUUUCAAGGAAUUUCUCCAUCUCACUACAACGGCAGCGCUUGGGACGAGCCGAGAGCGAAAUCCUGUGUCGGUCAAACAUUGCCUCUAUUAGGGUCAACGUACCCUGGUGGCCUACCUCCGGCUUUGUCGGUCCUUAAGAAAGUGUUGAGCACGAUCAAGAAGCCCGUCCGGUUGUUAGACGUGACGAAUCUUUCGCUGCUAAGGAAAGACGGGCACCCUUCGAUUUACGGGCUGGCUGGGAAAACCGGGAUCGAUUGCAGCCAUUGGUGCCUACCUGGAGUUCCUGAUACUUGGAACCACAUUCUUUACAAUCUUCUUAUUCAUUGA